CCCGAGGUAAUAAGCUCUUUCUUGAAAUUGGAUUCAAUGGAAGAGAAAGGUCAUUACGUGCCGCCGCGUUAUAUUCCAUUAACACAGUCGGAUGCUGAUGCAGAAGUAGCCACCACUCCAAAUCUGGAAGUUGCUAAUUCUGGAGCCACGAGUGAUGGUCCGAAACAGUGGUCGUCUGGUAUAUGCGCUUGCUUCGACGAUAUGCAGAGCUGUAUGCUACUCUCUGUCCUCCAAACCUUGAUUUUACUACUACUACUACAGGAACCAAAUUUGUUAAAGAUAUGUUCUGUUGUUUAUGGUGAAGAUCAUUUAAAAAAAUGGUUUGAAAAUGCGUUUUUGUUUCGGAUGCACACAGGUUGUAUAGGUUUGUUCUGUCCAUGUUACAUCUUUGGCAAAAACGCAGAGUUGUUGGGGUCUGGAACAUUUGCAGGACCAUGCUUGACCCAUUGCAUGUCAUGGGCUCUUGUUAACACCGUUUGCUGCUUUGCAACCAAUGGCGUCUUGCUCGGUCUGCCAGGAUGCUUUGUGUCAUGUUAUGCUUGUGGAUACCGCAGAUCAUUAAGAUCCAAGUACAACUUACAGGAGGCUCCAUGUGGGGACUUUGUAACACACUUCUUCUGUCACUUAUGUGCCAUUUGCCAAGAAUACAGAGAGAUCCGAGAACGCAGCAGCGGCUUAAAUCCUCCUGACAUGAAGAUGGCUAUUACUGACGCCCCCUUAGCUCAAACCAUGGAACCAGCUAACUAG